AUGGCCUUCACACUAGUCGCUGUACUGUUGCUAGUUUACAGUCAACUCGUCUUGUCAUUCAAGCAGGGUGAUUCUAUACCUCUUUACUACAACAAGGUUUUUUCGCUGCAGAAUCAGCUGUCAUAUAGCUAUCAAUCACUCGGCUUUGUCUGCCCAACCACGUUUAGCAGAAAAAAGAGUUUGCUGGUGUUUGACCAAGAUUUCAGAGGCGACAGACUUGUGCAAAGCAACUACAAGAUUAACUUUCUCGAAAAUCAAGACUGUAAAUUGCUCUGUAAGCAAUCUUGGAGUGUGGAAGAUGCUAUCCAUGUGGAAGAAUUGAUCUCCAAUGACUACAUGGUAGAGUGGGAAUUGGAUGGGCUGCCAGGCGCAACUGUAUCGUAUACAAAUGAAGCCCCUGAGCACAAUUAUCGAAUUGGAUUUCCUUUGGGUUUCAAAAAGGGCGACAGCACCUUUAUCAACAACCAUGUUAUAUUUCAGAUUCUCUACGCAGCAGAUAAAGAUCGCUUUGGACACUAUGAUAUUGUAGGAUUUGAGGUGUACCCUGAUUCUAUUGCUGAGGGUGAAUGCACCAAAAAAAAUGUGGAAUACGAGUAUCAGCAAGUAACCGGCAGAAGAACACAAGUGUCAUUUUCGUACUCUGUUCAAUGGAAACAAGCCAAGGAAAACACUCGCUGGGAGGCCUUCUUGAUGAAGCCAAACCCUGACAGACACUUUUCCUCCUUGUUGAAUGGCGUCAUUGUGGUCAUGAUUGUGUUCGCCAUCAUUGCCAUCAUUUCCUUAAAGACAGUGCACAAGGAUGUCGGCAGUAAUGGAGAAGACAAGGAUUUCAAAAUCUACGACGACGCUGAUGAUUUUGUUGGCUGGCGAUUGAUCAACAGAGAUGUGUUCAGAAGACCUAUUUAUGGAGGGUUGUUGACCCCAAUUAUGGGAUCCGGCAUUCAGCUACUGACUGUUGCAGUGGGCUUGCUUGCUUGUUUGCAGUUUGGCUGGUAUCAUCCCGCUCAACCUGGAUCGUUGACUCGCUGGUUCACAUUCUUGUUCUUGUUGGGUAGCUUGCCAGCUGGAUACUGGAGUGCUAGAAUCUACAAGGUCUUCCGUGGCAAAUCCUGGGUGCUGAACAGUAUUCUUACAGCAUUUGUUGUGCCCAGUGUAUUUGUGAUCAUCUUGUUUGCCACUAGCAUAAUGAACUGGACACAGCAAUCAUCACUCGCCAUCUCUUUCUCCGGAUGGGCUAGUUUGAUCUCUAUUUGGCUAUUCAUCCUGACACCUUUGACAUGUAUCGGUGCUUAUUUUGGAGAGAAAGCAGAACGCAUUGAACAGCCAUCCCGUACCACACAAAUUCCUCGCAUGAUUCCCAAGAAACGCUGGCAUCAAUUAGACGUUGUUCACAUUCUUUUGGGCGGUAUUGUGCCAUUUGCAGUUGUAUUUUUGAACUGGCAUGAAUUGCUGCAUUCAGUUGCCAAAGGCGAGUACAUCUUAUCCAUCAAUUACACCAUCUGGACAUCGAUUUUGCUGUUGAUCUCUACUGCCGAAAUGACCAUUGUCUUGAUCUUUUUACAGCUCUGCAACGAAGACUAUCACUGGUGGUGGCAAUCCAUGAUGAUCGGUGGUUCACCUGCCGUGUACAUGCUUGCCUAUGGUGUAUUUUAUUACUUGCAGAAAUCCAGCAUUCAAGGCCUUGUUGGGGGCACUAUUUAUCUGGCCAACUUAUUGAUUGGAUGUGGUUUGAUCGGCUUGUGUACAGGUACACUUGGGUUUGCAAGUUCAUACCUCAUUAUUAGAAGAAUGUAUAGCACUGUAAAAACAAAUCAUUAG